AUGACGUCGCGCGCGUCAGCUGUCAAGGACGAUGGCGGGCGAAGGGAGACGAGGACGCGAUCGGAUGGCGUUCGGAAGUGCGGCCCGGCGUGCGCGUCCUUUGAACGCGUCUUGAGCGUGUUGUUGACCCAAUCCGCGAUGUCGUCUGCGAUCCUGGUCGACGCCGAGCCACCCGAUCGUCUGCCUGCAACCAAGCACCUCACGCCGCCGGCCCAAAAGCCACGGCUGUUCCCGCCCACGGCGCUCAACAACGCCAUCCGCGCCGCGCUCGGCGAGCCACUGCCCGCGUCGCCCACCGCCAUCCGCACCCACACCUCCCCGCACACCGGCACGCGCAUCGACUACACGCCCACCCGCCUCGCCCUCUCCCACGCCGGCGGCCUCCGCCACCUCUUUGACUUUGCCGGCCACCGCGUCGGCUCGCCCCACGACCAGCGCAUCGAGUGCGCCGUGCUCGCCUACGCGCGCGUCAACCUCACCGACCCGCACCCCUGGUCCGGCUCGCGCGCCCAGGCCCGCUACCCGACUACCGCACCCACCCCGCACGCCCCGCGCGAGACCUUUGGCCCGUUUGGGCGCGCCGGACGCGAGCCGCUCCUGCGCGACGACGGCCAGUUUGUCUCCCGCGAUGACGCGUCGAUGCGCUAUCCGCGCGCGUAUGCGCCAUCGCCACCCAACCUCCCUCCCUCCUCUCUCCCCGCCCUCCCUUCCACCCUCACUAACCGCCACCCUAGGCCGCUCUACGCCCUCCGCUCAGUCCUCAUCUACCACAGGCACCCACUCCUCGACCACUAA